UGUAUUGAUCAAAGCAUUCUGGGAUACUAUUUUCAAAAUGGCGUUCGGUAGAGGAAAUGAACGAAAUCGGGGAGGAGAUGACAAGUUUCAGAUGGAUUUCAUUGUGUUGAUCGGGUUUAUAAUAAUGGCUUUGGCCACAUUUUUCCAGAUAGCUGGCUUGGCCUCAGAUCACUGGGUAGAUACGGUCACAGAGGAUUACGGCACAGUUGGCUAUAACGGGCUUUGGCAUACUUGUACAAACUUCGGCCUUACCAAAGAUUCUUGCCGAGGAUUUCAGUGGACAGACCCACAAGUUUCUCAUUGGUUCCGGACAGUACAGACGUUUGAAGUGAUAGGGUUUAUUUUCGGCUCUGUUGCUUUCUUUAUGAUGAUUCUCUACCACUUUGUCGGCACCUGUCGGGAAAAUAGAAACCUGAAAAUCAUGAGCAUUGUUCAGCUUUUCUUAGCCUUCCUGUUCAUCAUUAUUGGAUGUAUUGUUAUUGGAGCAUUGAAGGACACACAGAAAGCAUUUCAGAUAGAUAGCGAGACGUUCCUGUCAUGGGGGUUUGGCGUCAGCGUUACAGCAUCACUUCUUUAUCUGGCAAGCUGUGUGGCAGUGUUCAUCUCAUGAAAAAUAUACCAAGUGUUAUACAUUCCACACCAAAACAUUCUAUAUACAGCUGACUGGUCUUCAGCUUUUCUUUACACUUGUUUAAAACAUUUGGUAUUUUUAAAGGAACUCAACUGAGGUAAAAAAGCUUAAAACUUAAAAUUUUAUAUUCUUGCAUCAAUCAAGUGGUGCUCUAAAAAUAGUAAAAUCUGCAAAAGAUUAAAGUGAUAAUAUUGAAGAGAUAUACUCAGAGCUAAAUUGACAAUCAAAUUUUUGGCACAAUUUUUAGCCAAGUUUGAGUGAAAAACUUGCCUUUUUUUGGACAUUUUGCACAAUACAAAUGAUCAUUCUGGGAAAAAAUGAUCUGAAAAUUUGAACACAAGUUAUUAGUAAAGACUUCUUCAAGUCUGGAAAAAAUAUAUCUCCAGUCCCUUCAUUUUGAAAAAUCUCAGUUGAGUUCCUUUAAGUGUAUACAAAUUGAAAGCUGGCAGAAUAAAAUACUGCAACCUUUAUACGAUUAUCUUAGAAGGAAUUUAUUUUUUGUUAUAAAAGGGAAAAUUCUGCCAAUAAAUGUCAACAAAGAGUUUAAAAACAUAAAAUAGUUUAAUACACUGUGGUAAAUAAAAUUGGAGUAAUUAUUAAGAAAAAGGUAGUUAACAGUAAGCACUAAUGUAUUCUAGUAGGUUAUUUAUGCACCUUUAAAUGACCAAUAGAAUUUUUAUACAGAUUCAUUAAUUUUCAACUAGUAUAAUCAUUUAAAAUAUUUGUAUCUCUCGGAGAUUUUUAAUUAGAUAAAUUUCAUGACUUUGAUCAUCAUGUUUCAGGAAACAAUUACGUAAAGUGCUUUUUUUUUCACAUCUACUUAUAUCAUAGAAACAAAUUUUUUAUAGUUUUUUCUCUUUUUGUUUGGAAGGUAGAUGGUUUUUUACGUGAUGCCAGCAUUUGUUGUAAUAUGACAUAAUAUAAAAUUAGUAACCAUUUCAUUGCUUACAGGAAACCAAACAAUUUACAUUAACAUUUUGUACACAUACACAUAUUUUUGUUGUUGAAAAUUUCUUAUCUACUUUAAAAAAUAAUGUUUGUAUAUAGAUGUAUACAGUUGUUUUUAACUUUUUCUAUCUUUUUAGCAAUUUCAAUUGCACUCGUUUGUAAAUAUAACAUUGUUUUUGCCUAACCUAAGAGGAAAGAUAUCGCAAUGUACUCGCCAUGAAUUUUUCAUGCCAGUCAAAAUCCUCACUUUAUGAUUAGAUCUGUACAGUUGUGUAAAAUAAUACACACACACACACACACACACAGAGUCCUUCUUGCACUAAUGAUGCUGUGAAUUUGUUAAUUUAAAAGGUCCUAUGGCCAAUUACAGUGCAAGUUAAUUUUUUAAACUCUCUCCCCUAUUAUCACAAAAAAUGUUAACACCCCCAACCUAUUUAAGUUUAUCUUCUGUUUAAUUUUUUAUUAUAUUUUGUAAAUAUUCCAUUAAAAUGAUAUGUGCAGGUAGUUUUUCCCUUCCUACAAUUUUUACUAAGAAAAUAGCAUCAUCUAAAGUAGAAAAUCAAACCUUGCCAUUUUGUGAUGCACCAAAACAUGCGUACCUUAGUCAUUGCACCAAGUCACUAAAAUAAUACAAUUUAUUUUAGGAAAAAUGUAAAAAAUUAAGCCAUUAACUUUUUCAAGAUGUUUAUGUUGUGAUUUGUAGCAUUUUGAUUUAUUUUGUUGAAAAAUAAUGCUUUUGUGUUCCAAAUUUGCUAGUGAUUGCAACAAACCACAUAGAUAAAACAAUUGUUUUAUGUAAAAUUGUAAUAAGCCAUUAGGUUUUUCAAGAUGUUUAUGUUAUGUAACAUAUUGAUUUAUUUUGUCGGAAACAACACCUUACUUUCGUUUUCUAAAUGGGCUGCAAUAAGCAUAUCAUUUUAUUUCCUUCAUUUUAACGGAGGACUGGGCCUCAAUAAGCAUAUUAUUUUAUUUCCUUCAUUUUAACGGAGGACUGGGCCUUUUAAUCAGGCAGUAGAAGCCUAAUUUCCUUUUUAAUUAAUUAUUCAAAUCAGUGCGCUAUUCAUUUGCAGGGAUUUUUUUGGCUUAUUUUAUAGCCAUUGUUGGGUCAUAUUCCCAAUUGAAAAUAGUAUAUUAUUUUCCCAAUCCACAGGAAAAUAUUCCUAAUUGAAAGUUACUAAAAUAAAAAUAUUGAAUAAAAAUACUAAAAUCUUUGAAAAAAAGGGCUUCUUCACUGUAAUAAUGCUUAAAUGUUUGAAGAUGUCAUCUUAGACAGUAAUUGUUUGCAUCCAUUUAAUCACUGCAAAAUUUGAGUCAUGCAUUUUUCCCAAUUUUUUUACAAAAUAUCGCUGAAAUUCCCAAUUCCAUGGGUAUGGGUUAUGUUCCCAAAAUCAAAAUUAAAAAAUCCCUGAUUUGCAUAAAAUAGUUCUGCCCAUGUUUUUGCUCUGUCAAAUUAAGUCUUGUUUUUCUUACGUUAAUUCUUUUAAAAUUCAAAGAGUGAAUGAUGAGUAACGCUUUAGCAAGAUAAUCAUUUAGAUAAUUUCAUCAUUAUAAAACCAAAGCAGUCAUUUUUUACAUGCUUAAUGGAACAUUGUGCAAGCUUAAUGGUUACUUUCUAUUUCAUAAAAUUCAGGGACAUUGGUAAUGGAUACUGCUAUAUCAAGAUAAGUAUUUUAAGGAUUGUGUAUACCUCCAGUUCAUAUUUUAACCAUUUAAUUGUUGAUGUUAUUAAAAGAUGGACCUUUGAAUUAAGGGCAUUAUAUUUGCUGGUAUCGACUAGAUUUUCAUUAAUAAACCAUAGAUAAUUUUUGAAUGGUGUAUCACCUGGUUUGUAAGUACUAUCGAAAUAUAUACAUACUGUUGUAUUUAAAGUAUUUUUCUUGUCAUAUUCAGUAGAUUAAGCUACUCUGCUGGUUAAAUUAAAUCAAUAACUUUUGGUAGACUGUUACAUUAAAGACUUUGACUCUAUAUUUUUUUGUCAUUUAAUUCAAAUGUCCAUCUUUUUCAGAUUACUUAUUCAUCAUGUAAAAAAGAAACCAUCUUGUUUUUUAUUGUAUAUAUUUUUUUUUUCUUGUAUAUUUUUGUAUUGAAAUCAAAUGUAUCAGAACGAAAAUACUUAGUAUUAAAUUGGAGUAUAUAAACCUA